AUGGGCAAGAAAGGGCCGUUCUCUGUGCCGCAAGGAACGAGACUUGGUAGGGUGGAAGAAGGCAUGGGGCCGCGACAGUCGCAAUGCUCUGCUUCUGGCAUCCUCACCUGCGGUCCCAGUGUCCUGGAGAAUAGUGGCUUUGCAAUAAACCUUUACAUCCGUGUGAAAGUUCGAAUUAUUUUCCAAUGCUCAGAGGAGCGAGAGGAGAAGCGGAAGGGGACUGGCGUGCUCACCCAUCGGCCUGAGCACCAGGAUCCCACCCCUGCCGAGCCUUCCAAGGACCCGCACCCCCUGGCCGACGACCUCAAGCUCACAACCCAAACCGCGAGCUUCCACACUCUCCAGGCCUCUACACGGCACACAAGCAGCCCUCGUGCCUCUGCGCCUGAGCGCCCGCGUCCGGGCCGGGGCCGCCAUCUUGCGUCUCUACGUCCCUACGUCCCCCUGCUUGGUGCGGGGCCUGCUAGUAGGCGAGCAGCAGGCAGCCCCCAAGUGUAUACCUGGUUUCGGGUCGAACGCUGCCAGCUUUCGUUUGCCACCUCCUCGCAGCCUCUGUCUCUCAUCGCCUCUUCUCUCCAGACAGCCUCAACGGAGUGA